UCUGCCUUGGGAGCUGCGCUCAGCACGAGGCUGGACUGCCUGACCGAGACGCAGGGGCUCGGGCGGACUCACUGACCGGAGGAGCGAGCAGACAGACGCACAGCGACCGCGAGCUGCGUGCAGGUCCCAGCCAGGCUUGCGCCCAAAGGCGGGCAGUAGACGGUGCCCCGAGGAAUCUCCUCCGCACCGCAGCCCCGCAGCCCCGCUCUGGUGCCAGCGCCGCGUGGCCGCCGCCUCCAAAGUGAUUGCUGCCUUGUCGCCUCCACCCCGUCCGGGACCAUGAAGCUGCUGCCGUCGGUGGUGCUGAAGCUCUUUCUGGCUGCAGUGCUCUCGGCGUUGGUGACUGGCGAGAGCCUGGAGCGGCUUCGGAGAGGGCUGGCGGCUGGAACCAGCAACCCGGACCCUCCCACUGGAUCUACCGACCAGCUGCUACCCCAGGGAGGCAGCCGGGGCCGGAAAGUCCUGGACUUGGAAGAGGCAGAUCUGGAUCUUUUCAGAGUUGCUUUCUCCUCCAAGCCACAAGCUCUGGCCACACCGAGCAAGGAGGAACAUGGGAAAAGAAAGAAGAAAGGCAGGGGCUUAGGGAAGAAGAGAGACCCAUGUCUUCGGAAAUACAAGGACUUCUGCAUCCAUGGAGAAUGCAAAUAUGUGAAGGAGCUCCGGGCUCCAUCCUGCAUCUGCCACCCGGGUUACCACGGAGAAAGGUGCCAUGGGCUGAGUCUCCCAGUGGAAAAUCGCUUGUAUACAUAUGACCACACAACCAUCUUGGCCGUGGUGGCUGUGGUGCUGUCAUCUGUCUGUUUGCUUGUCAUCGCAGGGCUUCUCAUGUUUAGAUAUCAUAGGAGAGGAGGUUACGAUGUGGAAAAUGAAGAGAAAGUGAAGUUGGGCGUGACUAAUACCCACUGAGAGAGACCUGUGC